AAUUCAACCUCUUCAUCCCAUUAACCACAUUUAAAAUGCUCAAUAGAUGGACUUCCCUGGUGGUCCAGUGGUUACGAUUGUGCUUCCACUGCAGCAGUUGUGGGUUUGAUCCUUAGUUGGGGAACCUAGCCCACGUGCCGCAGGGCCAAAAAAAAAAAUUGCUCAAUAGCUGCCUGUGGCUCAUGGCUCCUGUAAUUAGACAGUGGAGUUCUAGACCUUUUUGGAGUGUCAUUACCUGUGUAUUGACCUGCAUUCUGUACCUAAAUAUAUAUUUUCUGUACCCACAGAAAUAUUUAGGUUUGGGUGCUUUUGAUAAGCAUAAUGGAAUUAUAUUGUAUGUAUUUUUGUUUUACUUGCUUUUUUUUUUUUUUACUUACCAUUUAUUUUGGAGCUUGUUUUGUGUCAAUACAUAGAAAUCUGCCUGUUGCAUUUUAGUGCUGCCCGGGGUUGACCAUAAUAUGGAUAUACUUUAGUGACUUUAACUUGUUCCCAACUGAUUGCUCUUAGAUUGCUCCCAGUACUAUGCAUCUGCCAAGAAGGCCUUGUGUGUUUGAGCAUUUUUCCAGGUAGAGUCUGAGAAGUAAAAUUACUGCAAUUUUAAAAGUUUUUGCACAUGUAAACUAUGAAUAGAUACUCUCAGAUUGCCGUCACCACAGCCAUUUUACACUCCCGUGAACAUUUCCUGAAUAGUACUUUGUCCUGCACCUUCAUCCGCUCCUGACAUUUUCAGUCAUUAAGAAUUUUGCGAGUCUUAUGAAUGAAAAUCAUUUUUGGUAUACAUUUCCUUGAUAGUGAGAUUGAAUGAUUUUUCAUGUUUUCAUUAGCACUUCAUUUCUUAACACAAUGCUUGUAUUUAAAGAUAGUAUAUAUCCUGUGUUCUUGCUUUCCUUUAAGUAACUGAUCAGGUGGCUGGAGCAGGUCAAUUUUCAGUUUGCUUCUCUAUGGACCAGAAUCAUUUACAUGACUAUUUUCUGCAGUCUUACUCAGCAAUAAAACUGCUCAAAAACAGUGAAAGGCUAGAAACACUGAAGAAUCAGAUUACCCUCUAGAGUAUGCCAGAAAACAUCUAGCAUCCUACAGUGCACCCGGCAAUCGUUCACUUUUUUUCCUGACAAAUAACAUGUUUAAAGCUUCUAGCACAUUGUCUGGCUCAGAGUGAGAACUUAAUAAAUUUAAUUCUCUUCCAUUGAAAGAAUGAAAAACAAAGUAAUUGAAAACGUAUGGCAUUUCUGUAGAGCUGCAGUUCUUUGGAUAGGAUCUGUAUCUAGAUUUCUAGAUCUGGGCUUCCCUGACAGUUCAGUGUUUACCUUUGUUUUCCUUGGGUCUUUCUCAGUGCUUGGGAACAUUAUUAUAGGUAGGUGUUCAGUAAUUGUUUGAUUGAAUGUAACUGUGUUGAAGUAUGUUCUAAUUCAUUCUCCUGUCUGGAAAAACAUGUGUAUCAGGAGAAAAUAGGCUUGUUUGUUUACUUUGUUAUUUAUCAUGUUUUCAGACAGAGAUUAGGAAAUAUAUCCUAAACACACAAAUGGAUAGCCUUGCAAAUGACUAGACUGACUGUUUGCUUUCAUAGUCCAAAUUGUGUGAAUAUAGCUAAACAGAAAUCCUCCUCAGUACUAAGAGCCAAUGUGAUUUUGUUGUGUGCACUCUCAAGGCGUUAUUAUGCAGUUCUCUCUGUGAAUGGUGUUUUCUACACAUGGUAAAGCAGGCUAGCUUAUUCAAAGUACGUUACAGCUGGAAUAAUCCAUUGCUUUAAAAAUAAUUUUUAUCUGCUUUUUAGAUUUAGUGUUCAAAUAUUUUUUCAUAAGUAACUGGGGGAAAGAAAUACACGGUGGCUACUGUAACCUGUAAAAUGAAGGAGAAGCUUAGCUUUACUGUGGAGUCUGAGCUGGGUGUAACCUAACUAGCUAGAGGAUAUGCAAUUCCUGAUUGACAGCAAGACCAGCAUUAGGCAGAUUUUGUAAGAGAGAGCAGCAGCUCAGAAACCGUGAUAAGGGCUCUGUUAGGAAGCACUGCACUCACCACUCAUAUCUUUAGUUUUUUCAUUUUUCUGCCUACUGGAUUUGUAAACAAAUAGCACAAAACAGUUCCUCUUUUGUUUUUAUUAAAGUGAUACUGCAAUGCAGUUUCAGUCUAUCAGCUAGGCAAACAUGUCGAAAUUUGAUAUUCUCACUAAAUUAGCCAGUUUUUAGCUGUGUUCCAUGCUUAUCUCUAGACUUUUGUGUAUUAAAUCCUAUCUCGAGCUGUUCUCUUUAUAAGCAAGUGUGUUUUGCUUGUGCCUUCCUGUCUUCUUCAGUGAGAAGCUUUAUGUAGGUCAGGCUUGGCUUAAGCAGAUUUCCUGAACCUGCGUCAGCUUAAGCUGGAGGAAUUUUAAUAAACCCUCCCCUGUAGGCGUGGGCCUAAAUGAGGCUAGCCUAGUUAAGCCUGAUCUUUCUCUGUUUGUGAAAAGAGCUGAGCAGAGCUGAAAGCUGCAUGGUGGUUUCAGAAACUGCCUACUUAAUUUGAAAAGAACAAUGGUAGGAAAAGCUAGAUCUUCCAAUUUUACCUUAUCUGAAAAGCUUGAUUUGUUAAAGCUUGUGAAGCCAUAUGUUAAAAUUCUGGAAGAACACACUAACAAACAUUCAGUGAUAGUGGAAAAGAAUAGAUGUUGGGAUAUCAUAGCAGUUAACUAUAAUGCAAUUGGAGUAGACCGCCCUCCUCGAACAGCGCAGGGCCUACGCACUCUUUACAAAAGGCUCAAAGAAUAUGCCAAACAGGAGCUAUUGCAGCAAAAAGAGACCCAGUCAGACUUCAAAAGCAAUAUUUCUGAGCCAACCAAGAAAGUUAUGGAGAUGAUUCCCCAGAUUUCCAGUUUUUGCCUGGUAAGAGACAGAAACCACAUACAAAGUGCAAACUUGGAUGAGGAAGCACAGGCUGGUACCAGUUCACUACAGGUAAUGUUGGACCGCCAUCCAGUUGCUAUUACAGUGGAGGUGAAGCAAGAAGAAGACAUUAAGCCCCCUCCUCCACUGGUUUUAAAUUCUCAACAGAGUGAUACUUUAGAGCAAAGAGAAGAACAGGAAUUAGUGCGUGUAAUGGAAAGAUCUUUGUCACCAUCACUUUCCUCUGUUGAUAUGAGAAUGACAUCGUCUCCAUCUUCUAUCCCAAGGAGAGAUGAUUUUUUUCGGCAUGAGAGUGGAGAAAAUUUUAGGUCACAAUUAGGGUAUGAUCCUCAGAUUCUACAAAUGCUGAAAGAGGAGCAUCAGAUAAUUUUAGAAAAUCAAAAAAGUUUUGGAUUAUAUGUUCAGGAGAAGAGGGAUGGAUUGAAAAGAAGGCAGCAGCUAGAGGAAGAGCUGCUAAGAGCAAAAAUUGAAGUUGAGAAGCUGAAAGCAAUUCGACUACGGCAUGAUCUACCUGAAUAUAAUAGUCUCUGAGAUUUUUUUUCAGUCUUGCAAUUUGAUUAAUUUUGGCCUGGUUAGUUUCAUUUGGGAAUAUCCUGAAGCAGAGUACAUAUUCUUAAAACAUAUUGUUAAUCUCUGUUAUGAAAAAAGCUUUUUUGACAUGAUUUUCUGAUUAUUUAAUUUUCCUUUGAGAUAUAGUAAAACUGAUGGCAUGCUUAUAAAUUUUUUGUCUUCCUGGGCUUUACAAAAGAUGUUUUAUUUUGAUUAUUAACAUAUAUAAAUGCAUAUGUAUAUACAUAAAUAUUCUUUCAAAGUUCUGAAUCUUCAACAUUUUUAAUUAACACUUUGAAAGCUGUAUGUAGUUCAAGCUGUUUAUUAAUAAGUUAGUUUAAUUUAGAAGCAAUACUAGCUUCAUAGAAGCUUGUCUAUAUGACACUGAUUUUUAUGCUUUCAUUCUUUGAAGGAAUAAGUUCUAGAAUUUUAGGGACUAAAAUGUUAGGGACUAGAAUUUUAGGGACUAAAAUAGAAGGUAUUUGGAGAACACUUUUCCCAUCUCAAUUUAAGGGUAAUAAAACUGAGGGCAAGGGAAAACUCAGUGAUUUACUUGGUUUAGCCAAGCUCUUUAUGGCAUAGCAAGGACCAGCACUCGGUUUUUGUUUCUCUGUAAUUUUCCCCCCCCUACGGUUUCAUAGAAGAAAAAAUCCGCUAAAGUAUCCUACAUGGUAAAAAAUUAGAAACAUUUAUUUCAUUAAAAUUGUCUUUAAAAAUUGGUGGAUUGUGAAAUCAGGGGGAUUGUGUCAAUUACUCCCAUCCUCCUUUUUUUUUGUUGUUCUGCAAAAUAAGAUAUACUGUUGGAGCUGUUACAUAUUGAGGUGGCCAAAAAAGGUAGUUUGAUUAGUGAAUAUGUUGUACAGUAAAUAUGUUUUUUAUUUUUACUUAAAACCAAAAUAACUUUUUGGCCAAUCCAGUAUGUUGACUCUGAGAUUUAAUAUGUUGAUUCAUUUUGAAUGUCUUAGUCUGAAAAAGAUUUCUUUCACAGUAAAAUCACAGUAAACUUUAAUGAACAAAAUUAAAAUUUUACUUACAAUAAAAAUAGCAAAACAUUAUAUGUGUAUAACUUAUGAUAUCUGUAGUCUUAUGUUUUUGUAAAUAUUACUAUUUUAGUAUUUGUGGAAAUAAAUAAAACCUUGAUUCUUAAAGCACA